AUGUCGAUCCGCGCACCGAAACCUGGCGUGCUGGGAAAGCGGAAGGACCGCGGGCCGUCCGACUCAACCCGCACGCAAUCCCAGAGCAAACCCGAGCCGCAUCUGCCGGACGCGGCCACGGCGGCUCGGCCCACGCCGGUCGGGGACAACCGGCUGCUGGCCGGACUCCUGGCGCAAGAGUUCCUCACCCGGGGAACGCUCUUCGGGAAGCGGUGGGGAGGGGGUCAGGGCUCCGACCCGGCCCGGCCGCCAGGCGGCACCGAGGAGGGCCCGGCCAGGCCGGGUCGGCUGGGGUACUCCGAGGUGUCCUACCUGCUGAAGUCGGACGCGGCCCAUAUCCCGGGCGUCGUCAACCCCACCCAGCUCGCCCGCUGGCUUCAGUUCUGA